AUGGACUUGCUAAAACCUGGUUUGUCUAAACUGGCGCUUCUCCAGAUCCGCAAUACCAACACCAUAUCGGCCCGUUUGGGCUUGCAGUACCGAGACUUGGUGGAACAGACGAACACUCAUUUUUUUUCGGCAAGCUCAGAGAGUUUGGGUGCCGAUGUGCCUCCCAAUUCGGUCCAGGAGAUCUUUCGAGACUUUUACUACACUGCAUGUUUGGACAAGCCCAAAAACACCACUGUCCCCGAGGUUUCACUCCAGACCCUCCAGCGGUUCCAGGAACGUUUGGCUCUUUUGAAGGACCCCGAUAGUGUGUCCACGUAUUCUUUUUCUGAAGCUGAAGCGUCUUUAGUGUCCGUCAUUGAAGAGUUUUCGCUUCUCAUCGCUUUUUACCACUUGUCCAACGCCAUUAUUGAGAAGACCAUAGCUGCCAAAGGGCAACUGGGCUAUUGGUCUGAUUUGCGGCUGUCGACAUAUGGCAAAUUGUGCUAUGCGGUGCAAACUCUGCCUGCUCGGAUAUAUUCUGUUGGUUGGGCUGCUUUCCAGAGCCUUCCAAAAACCGAAACAGCUGGGUGUUUCGGGCUACUCACCUCGCCACCUUGUUUCGUCAACAUUUCUGACAUUGUCUGCAUUUUUCCGCUCCAUUUACAGACUUGCACUUGA